GGCUGUCACGUGACCCGCCUCGACGGGUGCCGGAAGCGGGAGGGGAGUUCCGGGAAGCGCCGAGCCGGGGACCCGGAGGGUGACAGGGAGUUGGGACUCUUGCCUUGCCUGCUUACGGUUCAAUGGCGCACAUCACCAUAAAUCAGUAUUUGCAGCAAGUACAAGAAGCCAUUGACAGCAGAGAUGGACAAUUUUGUGCAGAAUUAGUAUCAUUUAAACAUCCACAUGUAGCAAACCCAAGACUACAGCUUCCAUCUCCAGAGGAGAAGUGUCAACAAGUUUUGGAGCCACCAUAUGAUGAAAUGUUUUCAGCCCACUUAAGGUGUACUUAUGCUGUUGGAAACCAUGAUUUUAUAGAAGCAUACAAAUGCCAGACAGUUAUUGUCCAAUCUUUCCUGCGAGCAUUUCAGGCACAUAAAGAAGAAAAUUGGGCCUUACCUAUUAUGUAUGCUGUAGCCCUUGAUCUUCGAAUUUUUGCUAAUAAUGCAGAUCAACAGCUUGUGAAGAAAGGGAAGAGCAAGGUUGGUGACAUGUUGGAAAAAGCAGCAGAACUACUGAUGAGCUGUUUCCGAGUCUGUGCCAGUGACACUCGAGCAGGCAUUGAAGACUCCAAAAAGUGGGGCAUGUUGUUUCUUGUUAAUCAGCUGUUUAAAAUUUAUUUUAAGAUCAACAAACUCCAUCUAUGUAAGCCCUUAAUUAGAGCAAUUGACAGCUCAAAUCUGAAGGACGAAUAUAGUAUGGCACAGCGAGUCACAUACAAAUAUUAUGUUGGACGCAAAGCCAUGUUUGACAGUGACUUUAAGCAAGCUGAAGAGUAUCUGUCAUUUGCCUUUGAGCACUGUCACCGAUCAAGCCAGAAGAAUAAAAGAAUGAUUUUGAUCUACCUGCUGCCGGUAAAAAUGUUGUUGGGCCAUAUGCCAACAGUUCAGCUCUUAAAAAAGUAUGACCUUAUGCAGUUUGCUGAAGUAACAAAGUCUGUGAGUGAAGGCAAUCUUCUCCUACUGAAUGAUGCUCUGACAAAGCAUGAGACCUUCUUUAUUCGAUGUGGAAUCUUUCUUAUCCUUGAGAAGCUGAAAAUCAUCACAUACAGAAAUCUCUUUAAGAAAGUAUAUUUACUACUCAAAACCCAUCAGCUAUCUCUAGAUGCCUUUCUGAUUGCCCUGAAGUUCAUGCAAGUAGAGGAUGUUGAUAUUGAUGAAGUCCAGUGCAUUUUAGCUAACCUUAUAUACAUGGGUCACAUUAAAGGCUACAUAUCCCACCAGCAUCAGAAGCUUGUGGUCAGUAAGCAGAACCCAUUUCCUCCACUGUCAACGGUGUGUUGAGUAUUGCAUCUUAUCCAUGCAAGUGCUUCCCAGGUACUCGGCUUGUCCAGUGGGACUGCUCCUAAUCACCCCAAGGACACUGUAAAUUGCCUGGUUCAUGUCCAGAACUGGAAUACCAGGAACUGUUUGUGGCUCCUUUCCCAGAAGGACCAAGACUGCCAGUGUUACAAAGUGCGUUGGAAUGAAAUGCUAACUUUUAAAUAAUAAUUUCCACAGGCUUUCUAGAUAAUUCCAAGUAUUUCAUGAAGAAAUAAAGCAAAGCAUUCCAAAUUACUCACAAAUUACUUAAAAGUUUUUAUAAAGUACUUUGUGUUACUAUUUUUGCAUUUAUCUUUCAGAGAGAAGUGUCAGCCUUUAUUACUCGUGUUAAUCCAUUCUUCAGAAUGGAAAUAAUGUUUCCUUACAUGGUUUCCAUUUUUUUUAAGUCUCUUUGAUAAUCUUGCUGGUAUUAAAUAUUCUCUUCAAGCUUUCUCUAAAAACUAGAGAAGUGCUUGACACCAAAA